GUGGGGGGAGGGGCGCAGGACGCCCUCCCGGAGUUUCCGCUCCCGCCCCCCCCACCCGUGCCAGAGGCCUCCCCUCCCCCAAGGCAUGGGGUCCGGUCCCGCGCGCUGAGUCCGCGCGGAACUGUCCAUGAUGAAUGGGACCGUGAUCCCGCACACGCCCAUCGCCGUGGACUUGUGGAGCCUUCGUCGGGCGGGCCCCGCGCGCCUCUUCUUCCUCACCCACUUGCACGCGGACCACACGGAGGGCCUGUCCAGCACCUGGGCGCGGCCCCUCUACUGCUCCCCGAUCACGGCGCGCCUCGUGCACCGCCGCUUGCAGGUGUCCAAGAAAUGGAUCCGGGCCCUGGAGGUUGGUGAAAGCCACGUGCUGCCUUUAGAUGAGAUUGGACAAGAGACCAUGACUGUGACCUUGAUUGAUGCCAACCACUGCCCAGGCUCUGUCAUGUUCCUUUUUGAAGGAUAUUUUGGGACAAUCUUAUACACAGGGGACUUCCGUUAUACACCAUCCAUGCUGCAGGAGCCUGCCCUAAGGCUUGGGAAGCAGAUCCAUACCCUUUACCUGGACAAUACCAACUGUGAUCCCGCCCUGGUCCUUCCCUCCCGCCAAGAGGCCACCCAUCAGAUUGCUGAGCUUAUCCGCCAGCACCCACAGCAUGAUGUCAAAAUCGGUCUCUACAGCUUGGGCAAAGAGUCCCUCCUGGAGCAGCUGGGCUUACAGUUCCAGACCUGGGUGGUGCUGAGUCCUCAGCGUAUGGAGGUGGUACAGCUGAUGGAGCUGGCAGACGUAUUUACUGUGGAGGAGGGAGCCGGCCGCAUCCACGCUGUGAAUCAUGCCGAGGUUUGCUGGAGCACUAUGCUGCAGUGGAAUCGCACUCAUCCGACAAUUGCUAUCCUACCCACGAGCCGGAGAUUUCAGGCGGCCCACCCUGGUAUUCACGUGGUUCCUUAUUCUGACCACUCCUCCUUCUCUGAAUUGUGUGAUUUUGUGGCUGCACUGAGGCCCUGCCAGGUAGUGCCCAUUGUCCAAGGAAGACCUUGUAAGGAAUAUUUUCAGGAAAACCUGAGUCCCAGGCUUCUCACUGAGCCCCACGUGCCUCUUUCUGUGAAACAAUACAUGGGGACCUCUUGGAACCCCCCAAAAGAAUGGGGCCGUGUCUGCUUGCUAGAGAGAGGACCCAAGAGGCCAAAGACCCAGGGUGUUAUCUUUGAGUCACCUGAGAGAGAAUCCGAUCCACCGCAAACUUUGAGAGAUCUCAAGAGGCCUAAGAUGGGGAACCUUUUCUCCCAGUGUAGGGAGAGUCGGAAAUCGCCCGGCCAACCUGUUUCAUGUCCUGAGGAACAGCUGCCUCACCAUCUAGAAGGCUCCAACAGUGAGGAUGGAGGGGAUUGGCCAGUACCGUUCUCACCAGAUGAGGCAGUGCAGACUGCGAAGGCUGCUCCCCUGACAGAAUUCUCAGGGCACCUGAGGUCUGCCGGUGAAGGAGACAGCUCUGAAGAACUGGGGGAGUGGAGAAGCUUGGAACCUCAGAGAGAAGAUGGUGGGCCCAGAACCAGCACCAGCGGAGCCUUGAGAGGACAGGCGGCUGAGCCCUGGGUCCUGGCACUGGAGUACCUCCUCACGCCCCUGAGGUUCCUCCAAAUGAGAUAUUCCUCAAAGAACUUUGACCACCACGUGGAAAACUAUCUGAGGAGUAUGGGUGGGGAUGCCCAUUUGGAGCUCUUCUCACCUCAUAGAUGAGAAAUGAAGAGAGAUGAUUUGUGUCUCUUCUGGUCUUUGUGGCAUAUCAGGGUGUGGUGUCUGAUGAUCAGUGGAGUGAAGAGGCCCCAUUUCCCUUUUCUACCUGCCCCCAGACUGCUGUAGGCUUUGUAGAGCAGUGGUCUGGCUCACCAGUCCGAGUCAAGAUUCACCAUCUCUUUGCCGCUUGUCUCCCUGCACUGCUCCCUGCCCCUCACUUCCCUCCUUCUGUUUUUGUGCCAUGAGCAUCAUCAAGCACAUCCCCAGAGGAUGAGUGUGAUGGGGGCGGGGAGGUGCAACGCAAGCAGCAACCCUGACAAUUACUUACACACUCUGACUUUAGCCAGUUUCCCAUCUUGGAGCCUCUGGGAGGGAGCAGGAAAUAAGGGAGAGUCCAGGAACCAACUUGAUGGGAAUUCCACUCUUUUCCUCCUCCUCAUGGGAUUCGAUCAAGCUUAUUGCUGACCUAUAUCUCGGAGCUCAGCCAGCCAUAAGACUAUUUCCCUACCAUAAUUAGCACUUGCACUCGGCCAACCGUUGGGAUUGGGGGUGCGGUGUAGAAAUGUGCCUCCCUCUGGGGGCUGCCCAGUUCUGCCGAAGCCCCUGGCCGUUUGGCAGGGACAGAGUUGCAAGAGACCAAAUGUCCUGCCAGAUGUUCCUCCAGUUUGCAUAGCUGGGAUGUUUGCUGCCCCCCCUGGCCUCUUGGGUUGAGCACUGAGGCCAAGCACACAGCCUGUUUGUUUUCGUUUCCAAGUAAGAAACCAUGGAGCCAGCUGGCUGGAUGUGAGGGGGGUGUGCAGCUCUGCCCUGGCCUUCUGCUAACACCUUGACUGAAUGCCAGACCAACCAGCUCGAUGGGCAGAAUAGACCAAACAGUGCAGGAUGGUGCUAUCACUGGGCUCCAGAGCUCGACAAGCUCAGUACUCAGAUAGAAAGGGCCUGGGGGGGUGGGGGGCCGUUAUAUUUCCAACUCUUUCCCUAGAGGAAGAUGGACUAAGUUAAGGAUUCUAAAUAGGCCUUUGCCUUCUUAUACUGAGGCCUACAAAGAUGGUCCUUACUCUGAAGUUCCCAGUCUGUGAAGAUGAAACACAGGAAAAGAACAAGAUAGCCAUAAGUGCAAUUGUAUAUGAUGAGAGGUAAUUGUAGACACACCAGAGGGAGGGGGAGGAUGUUCUCCUAGAUGAAAUAAAUAACUAUUUAUUGAA